GCAGAAGGAGGUUGAUACGACAUUGCAACCACACAGCAUACCGUCAAGAUGAGCGUGCGCAACAUUGAAGCAUCAUACCAGCAGGGAGCGCCCACGCGCACCGUCCAGGACGACUCGGACGUCGAAGAGGAGGCUUUGGCCAGCGACUACAAGGAGCAAGUCCAAUACGCCGACGAUGACGAACUCGAGAGAGUCGCUUCCAGCGGUCCUCAGGACCUCCAGGCACAGCUCGCCGCCGCUGCUCAACCCCUCGAAUACGGUGCCACCCUCGAGACCAAGAUUGCCAGCUACGACAGCUACUGCAACCUGUUCCACUUCAUCCUCAACUCCGACGGCCCCGUCGACCUCGAGGUCCCCAACUACUACUGGGCUUGGGAGGUGAUUGACGAGUUCAUCUACCAGUUCAACAGCUUCUGCGCCUACCGCCAAAAGAUCGCCCUCAAGCAGGACAACGACGAGGAUGCCCAGAUCCUCCGCGACAACCCCAACACCUGGGGCUGUUACUCGGUUCUCAACGUCCUGUACUCGCUUAUCCAGCGCAGUCAGAUCCAGGAGCAACUCGAGGCCCGCAAGCGUGGAGAGGACCCCGCCGCCUACGCCGGCGAGUACGGUAACCGCCCUCUCUACCAGAUGCUCGGAUAUUUCUCGCUCAUCGGUCUCCUCCGUGUCCACUGCCUGCUCGGUGACUUUAGCAUGGCCCUCAAGACUCUGGACAACAUUGAGCUUAACAAGAAAUCCAUGUUCGCCCGUGUCAUGGCCGCCCAGUUCAGCACCUACUACUACGUCGGUUUCUCCUACAUGAUGAUGCACCGCUACACCGACGCCAUCCGCAUGUUCACUCACAUCCUCAUCUACAUCUCUCGUACAAAGAACUUCCAGAAGAACGCACAAUACGAUAGCAUCGCCAAGAAGUCCGACCAGAUGUACGCCCUUGUCGCCAUUUGCGUCGCCCUCAACCCCACUCGUCUUGACGACACCGUUCACUCCGCCCUCCGUGAGAAGUACGGUGAGCAGUUCGCUCGCAUGCAGCUCGGUGGUCCUGAGUCUCUCCCCAUCUUCGAGGAUCUCUUCCGCCAGGCCUGCCCCAGAUUCAUCUCUCCCACUCCUCCGGACUUUGACAACCCGUCGGUCAACGUUGACCCCAUUGAGCACCACCUUUCCAUCUUCAUGGAGGAGGUCAAGAACAACAUGUGGAGCCCUACUGUCCGUUCUUACCUCAAGCUUUACACGACCAUGGAUAUCAAGAAGUUGGCUGGUUUCCUUGAGAUUGACCCUGACACUCUGAGAGGAUGGUUGUUGGUCAACAAGCAGAGAAGCAAGCAGGUCCGCCACACCGAGGGUGGCCUGCUCGACGGCGAUGUUGUCACUACCAACGACCUCGACUACGCCAUGCAAGGAGACUUGAUCCACGUCUCGGAAGCCAAGGUUGGCCGCAGACUGGUAGACUGGUACCUCCGUAACCUUUCCAGAACUUACUAAGCGAUGGAUGACAAGACGAGAGAAGGGUCCAAAGAUUAGAGUCAAACGAACUCGAACAAAGAGGCUGCAGAUGAUACGAAGAGGACAUGCAGCUACGCCCGUCCAAAAAGCAAGCAGGAAGGCAAUGAUUUGGGGAAUGUCACGCUCCAUAGAGUACAGGCGUCAAGGAUUAUGAUGGACGGGCAGCGAUGUGAAUAUGUUUCUCAAGCGCGAUGAGGGCACAAAAGCAUGUUUUGCAAUGUUUCACGAGCACUAGGUGGUUGCAAACAUAGGAAUGCAUAGCAAGCGGCAGCAGCAACGAAUACAAUUUUCACAUGUC